AAUCUGGAUGACAUGCUAAUGAAACUGAUGACGAUGACCUAUAAUAUUUUUUCGAACCACUUGGUAUGUUAGGUACAUGGAUCUUCUUUAGGUUUCCAGUCCUUCACCUCUUAAUCAUUAAGUUUCUUUAUAGGCUUAGACUUAAGAGAGUGUAUUCAGAUGACUCCUGUAAUAACGAGUUUUUGCUUGAGCACUCAAGUUGGUUCGACCAUGCAGACGGCCUUUGCCAAAUGCCCUCGCGCCCAUCGACAUUCCUUGGUUCCACUCCGUAAUGUAAUAACGUAAACAUCAACAACAAGCCAACGUGAAAGUUUACAUGGCCGCCGCCGGGAUCCCGAUUAAAUUCAGCGGAUAUCAAAGACAAUCGCAAGUGGAUAAAUUAAAUCUCGUGUAGAUAAAAAAUAAAGAAUGUGGUUAAUGAUGGGUAUGCGGUCAACAUCCAGGCAAAUUGACUGACAGUCUUCAGAAGGGGGAGAAUGUUACGGUGGUUAUUGGCACUGGAUGAACCUGCAUCAAGUCCAUGCGGUCUAGUGGCAUUGAGGUAUAAGUGUAAGAAUCGCGGUGCCGUAUGAGGGAAUGCCCCGGCGUGGCAAGACGCAUCUCACUGGUGGCCAGUCCGCAAACAGUGAAGAUCAGGGAAUCGGAUUAACGUCACAUAUCCAUCAGGACUACCAUCGUUGUGAUGUAGAGUGGUCUGAGCAGGAAACAGUAGAUGCGGAAGUAUCCCAAUUGGUAAACGGAGGCGCGGCUGCCCUUCGUAAUCUUAGGAGAUGGCGCAACUCAACGAGUUCCGGGUACUCAAGCCAUUCGCCGCCUCUCUCUGCUAGCUCAUAUUCAACAUGCUGUGCUUCAGUUCUCCGAAAUUCCGCGGUCGGGACACUUGGUGCCGAGGCCGCUCUCGGUCUAGCAGUAAUUCACGAAGCAGAAGCAAUACCACGUCCUAUUUGGCCUUGUUCAUCCAUUUAUCGUAGAGAUUUACACUUGGUUGGUUGCAAGACGCUUGACUGUGAGGGCUUAUCUGCCAGUUGCAGUUACGCUCGCACUUACACGUACGCCAGUCGAUGUCGCAAUGCUUGGCGAGACUGUCAGCCUUCUGCCCGUACGGCACAAGAAGUCCUCCUCGAGCUUUCACGGACCCUCAACUCUGUUAUUGACGGCGAGUGCGACAUGACGCCUGAAGAAAUUCUUCGUGACAUCUCUCGUACUGUGCAGAAGGUUGAGAAUAAUGGAACAAACGGAACAACAUCUACUGGUGUUUCCAGUGAAGAACAUAUUUAUCGACUUUCAUCCUCUUCCUCCAGCGCUAUCGGUCAAGACUCUGUUACUGUUAAUCCUGUAAAUUUUAAACUGUACAGUAAAUCUGGAUACACAAAUGUUUCUGUACCAUCUUUCAAAACAUCUUACCAGUGUCUUCAUGAAGGAAAAACACUUUUACUUAAAUCUUCUACUAAAUCUCAAGAUAAAUGUGACAAACAUCAUCAACAAUACAAUCAAAUUCCAGCUGUUUUUCUUGUGCCGCGUUGUAAUGGUAUUCAUACUUCACGUAAGAUUCCCAACUGUAAUGCCAAAAGUGCUGAAAAUUCAAAUGACAAAGAUAAAAAUAGAUUUAUUAAAAUACGUGAUAAUUCCCAAAAUGUUAAACACAAUAGUACCGUUCCUGUUAUUGAAAAUAUACAAGAUAAAACUUGUUAUAAUUCUAAUGAACCUGUAUAUUCUACGCAGCUAGACCUCAGUGAUGAAAGUUCCUCUUAUGGUGCAGUUGGAGAGUCUUCAAACAAAGCUAAUUGGAAUCAAGGCAUAUCAGUUUUCAACAAAAGUUUGGAUUUUACAUUAGAUGGUCAUCGAGCUGAAAGAUUAGGACGGUUAAUUGCUCGAGCUAAACGUAAACGACAGUGGUGUCGUGCCCUCACUACAAUCUUAGGGCUAGUCUUUUUUAUAUUAAGUGUUGUCGUUGUUUCCAUGUCUGUUACUAAAGGACGUAAAAUAUUUGGAAGCAUGUAAAGUAAAUGACUAAUUGUAAUGACUAUUAUUAAUUUAUUAAUUUGAAAGUAUCAAAUUAUUUGAUUUGUAUAAUUUAUAGAUUUUGAUAAUUAUAAAGACCGAUUUAAAAAAAAAAAUGCAUUAUUAGAUGAUAAAAUUAUAAUAUGUAGUAAAUACUGAAGAAUCUUUUUUACAAUUCAUUUUAUGGAUUAUUAUUUCUUCAUUGCAGAACACCAGUUUUUUUUUAAACUGAUUUUUAGCCAUAUGUAUUUCGUGGUACCUUAUAUUAUAUUAUAUACUACUAUUAUAAUUAUUGUAUAUUAUUAAUUAAAUCAUAUGCAAGAUUUAUGAAAUAAUCUUAGCAAAGCAAUAUAGUGGCUGUGACCAUCUCGUUUGCAUUUCUCUAUAAUGUAUUUCAACACCAACAUAUUAAAUACAUAUCUUAUAAUUUUUAAAUA